GCUCUGAAAGUCGCAAUCGGCGACGACUCCAAAGGUGCGCCGCCCAAGCGCGAGUCUUUAGAGGACCAGGAGCAGAGCCUCUGGCCUAGCAAAGGCAUGCGAGUACGAGUUGUGAACGAAACUGGCGAGCUGAAGAUGCACCAUCUCAAGACAGGGGUCGUUCGACGACGUCAUGCUGCAAGAGGAGCGGUCGACGUUGCCUUGGAUGACUCGGACAGGAUGUUGAAAAUGGUGCCGCAGUCACAGCUGCAGACGUUUGUGUCCGAGACCUGCAGUCGGAUCGAAGUGGUGCGGGGCGACCACCGAGGCGUCAUCGCUGAAUUGGUCUCGCAGAACACGCGUCGGAAGCUUGCCACAAUUCGUUUAGGCCGCGGUCAAGCGCAGAAGGAGUUGGAGAUACCCUUGACCGAUGUCUGCGAAUUCAUUUGA